GACUAAAAGGACGCACGCGCAUUAGUAUCCUUAUAAAUCAAAUCAUCUGUUUUUAUGGUUGAUUCAAUCCGCCGACAAAAAUGGAAGAAGUUGAUUCGAUUCUUUUAUCACAACUUCGUGAAAUUGGAUGUGAUUUAGAUGAUGAAAAUAUUUCGGGUAUCGCUUCGUUGGAUGCACAUCAAAUUAUGAAAUGUGUGGCCACCUGUUUACAGCGAAUUCAUAUCGAUGAUGAUUCGAUAACGAUACCCGAUCCUUCAACAAUCAAUCCGACAAUGAACAUGUCCAUUCGAUAUAAAUUAGCAAAUCAAUUGUCCGAUUGUAUACAGAAUAUUGGAUAUAAAUCCGAUAUUGGUUAUCAAACAUUUCUUUACAGUAAUGAACAUGAAAUUCGUCGUCUUUUAUUAUAUCUAGUCGAACAAAUAUCAGCCGAUUCGGAUGAAAAAUUAUUAUCAUCACCGGAUCAACAUCCAUCAAUGAUUGAUGGUAGUUGGUCGUUACGAUCAUAUGAUAUUUUAAGAAAAUUGAAAAAUUCCACAUAUAAACCAUCAACUGUAUGGAUUCCUUAUAGCUCUGAUCAUAUCAAUGAUGACAAUGAUGAUGAUGAUGAAAUGAAAUAUUGUCCGGAUAGUGAUUAUUAUGAUUAUUAUGGUCAUCGAACCAAUUCGAAUUCAAUUUAUGGAAUGCAUAAUCUAAAUAAUUGUUCAUUACAAUCAUUUUUGUCUGAUAAUGAUUGUCAAACACCGUUGGUUGAUUAUUGUCGUCGAAAUCUUUUGAUGUCGACGAACAACAACAACAAAAUGUCAAUAAUUCCAUCAACGAUUAUCGAUACAUUAGAAUGGAAUAAUCAUUAUUGGAAAAAUAACACGGAUGAACAUGUUGUUGUUGUUGAUGAUCAAUCAAUCGAUUAUAUGGAUCAUUAUUUAAAAACAUUAUUAGAAUCAAAACAAACCAAUGUUAUUCCUCAUGUUUUUGAUGAUAAUGAUGGCAAAGAUGAUUUGAAACAAUCUUCCAAUCUUGAUCAUUCUAGCAUUCAAAUUUCAUCAAAUGAAUCGAGUGAACAACAACAAACAGAAGGUGAACGAAAAACAAAUGAACAGCAAAUUGUUUUGGAAAAACUUCGCCAAGAACUUCGAGAUUGUGAAACUGAAAUUCAGAAAUGUAAAAUAAAUGAAAAUGAAUUAAAUCGAUUGGAACGACAAUAUCAAGAACAAUAUAAACUAUUCGAAGCAUCAUUCAAAUCUAAAGAAGAGUUGGAAAAUAGUAUCAAAAUGAUGAAAGAAUCGAUUGAAGAAAUUGCCUUAGCAUGGGAUGAAAUGCAAAAAGAUUUAUUGGAAAAUUUAAAACGAAAAAAACAACAAAAUAUGAUACAGAAUGAAGAACAAAUGGAAAAAAUUCGUCUAAUUAAUACGAUGAAACGUUCGAUUGCAUCGAAAUUGAAAGAAAUUCAAUCAAAAGAAUUGAUGAUUAAAGAUAUGGAACAACGGCAACCACAACAAUGGCCACCAAAUCGUGGAUCAUAUACACGUCGUAUAAUUGAAAUUAUACAGAAUGUUAAAAAACAAAAUGAUGAAACAUUGAAAGUGGUAGCCGAAACAAAAGCCGUUCAAAAAGAUAUUAAUAAUUUGAAUGGAAAAAUUGAACGAAGUUUUACUAUUGCCGAUGAAGUAUUAUUUCGUGAAGCUCGACAAAAUGAAUGGAAUCGUCAAUGUUAUAAAUUAUUGGCACUUUUACAAUCAACAUUUCAUGAAUUAUUACAAGCAAUCAAUGAAAUUGGUAUUCAUCUUCGUGAAAUUCGUAAACUCGAAGAAAUGAUUGAAAAUGAAAAUAAUCGAAAAACAAGUGCCAAUCUAAUACGAAUCAAUGCUGAUCUUGAACAAAUUCGUUUAGAAAAUAGACAACUAAAGCAAAAAAUACGUGAUGCAUCAUCAUUAUCAUCGUGAUGAUCAAAAUUUCCAUUAUUCGAACCAAAAUGUAAAUGAUUUUUUUUUUGGUGAAUAAUUUGAAAC